AUGGCUGAUCCGUUAAGCAUCGCUGCAGGCAUUGUGGGUCUUGUCGCGCCUGCGUUGCAUGUCUCGCGGCUAUGGCUUCACGACCUGCAACAAAUUCAGGAUGCUAAAGAGAAUGAAAAGACGCUGACCCACAACAUUGGCUCCUUGACCAUGGCCCUUACGUCGGUUAAAGCUAUUGAUGAUAAGGAAUGGAACUCUCUGGGGCCAGUAGUUGCAGACAAUGCGAAAUGGGCAAUUGCUCUCUUCACAGCAGCGUGCGAAAGAUUCAAGUCCGACCUUCAGGGAUGGACCAGCCGCUCUGAAGAUGGCAAGCUUUCAUGGAUAGAACAAUCCAAAAUUGGAUUCUGGAAAAGGGCUCAUAUCAAAUCAGUGAACGGAAAGAUCGAAGCCUCCGCUUCUGGCGGAGUUUUUGUCAAAUGUCCAGGAAUUUGCUCAAGCAGCGUCAAACCGCGCGCCAACCCCCCACGGCCGGAAGGCCGACUGAAGCUCGUUCAAUCCAGAUGA